CAUACAUAGCCACUCUCACUCAGGGCAAGCAGCCCCAACAGAUCAGUGCUCUGAGAAACCCUCAAGGACCUUCAUUAAAUCUGUAAUGCAAAAGUUUCCAAAAUACAAUAGAAUGCUCUGUCUGUGUCUGGAGUCUUCAUAGCCAUGCCAUGGGUAUCCUUUCUGUCCUUGCUCUGCCAUUGCUGCUCUUGGGGAUCAGUGGAAUUAUUUACAUUUACCAGUCAGUCAGGUGGCUGCUGUCCAAGUCAGCCGUGCAGAACAAGGUGGUGGUGAUCACAGAUGCCAUCUCUGGGCUGGGCAAGGAAUGCUCUCGUGUGUUUCAUGCAGGAGGAGCAAGGCUUGUGUUGUGUGGCAGGACAUGGGAAAAGUUAGAAGCCUUGUAUGAUGCCUUAAUUAGUGUGACAGACCCCAGCACGACAUAUGCACCAAAGCUGAUUCUUCUGGAUAUCACAGACAUCAGCUGCAUCAGAGAUGUAGCUAAGGAAAUCCUGAACUGCUAUGGCUGUGUGGAUGUCCUGAUCAACAAUGCAAGCAUGAAGGUGAAAGGAGCAGUGCAGAGCAUUUCACUGGAACUUGAUAAAAAGAUAAUGGAUGCCAACUAUUUUGGACCUAUAACAUUAACCAAAGCCAUUCUUCCUAACAUGAUCUCAAGAAGAACUGGCCAAAUUGUUCUAAUUAAUAGCAUCCAAGGGAAAAUAGGAAUUCCAUUUCGUGCAGCUUAUGCUGCUUCCAAGCAUGCUGCUGUAGGCUUUUUUGAUUGCCUUAGAGCUGAAAUGGAGGAAUUCGAUAUUUCUGUCAGCACUGUGAAUCCAACCUUCAUCUGUUCCUACCAUCGCCAGACAGCACCAGGCAACUGGGAGGCCUCUAUUUGGAAAUUCUUUUUUAGGAAGGUGUCCUAUGGUGUGCACCCCGUGGAGGUGGCAGAGGAGGUCCUUGCCACGGUGAGCAGGAAGAAGCAGGAGGUGCUUAUGGCCAACCCCAUCCCCAGAGCAGCAGUUUACAUCAGAACAUUCUUCCCUGAGCUGUUCUUUGCCAUUGUUGCCUCAGGGAUUAGGGAAAAGCUGAAGACAGAAGAGGAAAAUUGAUUUUGUUCAGUUAUUUCCUUGCUUUUCCUGAAAAAAAAAAGUUUUUUGUUUUGAAUGUCA